GCAGGCGCCACCCCAAGGCCAAGUCUUUCCAUUUGCAUAGAGGGCUAAAAAGGGAGCUGACAGAACAGGGCAACAGACUGAGGAGGAAGGAGGAUCAGCCUUCAGCACUGAAUGCCCGCUGUCUUGCUCAGACAGAACCGCAGAACAACAUCACACCAGUAGGAGCAACCUGAGCAGAGGUUUCUGAAUCCAGCCCAUAAACUGUUCCCAUGUGGAGUGGAAGUGAGCUGAGCCAGGCUGGGUGACGGAUCAACAGGGGAUCUUCAUCCUCUAACAGCCCACCUGACAUUCAGCUCUCUGCAUCUGAACGGGUCCACCCCCUCACUCUGAAGACGUCAGAGAGAAUUCACAGAGCAAUAAAGACCAAAGUGUCAAAGAGACGACUUUGACAAAGAGAGGAAUCUUUACAUCUUGCACGAUGGGAGAAAACACUCCACAGAUCUGGCACAUGCAGAUUCUUGGGCAUGAAGUUCCAGGUGAGCUGCAGAAGAAGAUAUCGGUGGCCAGCCAGCCUGAGUGCUCCAUCUGCUACAACACCUACGACAACGUCUUCAAAACACCCAAGCUGCUGGAGUGCACCCACACCUUUUGCCUGGAAUGCCUGUCCCGCCUCAUGGCCGUCUCCCUGACCGAUCAGGACGAGGGCGCUGGCAGCACACGCCUCUCUUGCCCCUUCUGCCGCCAUCCCACUAUGCUGCCAGAAGACGGCCCCCCCGCCCUGGCCACCAGCCGGGAGGUCCUCUGCAAACUGCCCAGCCACCAGCAGCAGGAGGAGCCCGUGUGGCUGGAGGGGGAGAAGCUGUGCUACAAGACCUCCAGACAGGACGCCCUAUCCGGAGCGCCUGACAGCCCCACGGCCUUCUGCAUCUGCAUCGACAUCGGGGCCAGUAAGUCAGCGGACGCUCCGGUCCAGUCCAGGCGCCGGAGCUCGGGUCUGAUGGGCCGACUGGCAGACUGGAAGAGGAUGGUGCUGUUCGUGGUGCUCAUGGUGCUGCUGGUCAUAGUGGUGCUGUGGCCUCUGCAGUGUGUGUUCACCACCGGAAACAUGCGCUGCAUGAGAAACGGACCCCACAUCAGCACCACGGCAACCACCACCACAACCAUUGGCCCGUCGAUAAGCAGGUCCGGCCUGAAAGGAUGAGCAGCUCAACUUACAGAACACGUUCUUUUGAAGAGUUGCAUUCUGCUGCCUCUGAUGCUGUAGCUGGGACCGGACCUGGUUCCCCUGCAGUGAUGACUGAAGGGCUUUUCACUGAUUCACUCAGACUUUACAGCUCCAUUUCUGUCAACAUUUCCCUUUUUUAAAAGGGAAAUGUUGCAUUUUAAUGGCUGCAUCGCCAAGGAGUAGAUAAAACUUUGACACAUUUGCACUUUGCCCCGAGCUUGUAUUCUGAGAUAAGAACAUCUGACUGGUUCUGUUUGGUACCGAUGUAGAACCCUGAAGUCCAGGCCAAACGGCUCAGCACAUUUACUGAGCCAGUGUGGAAAUGCGAACUUUGCUGGAUGGGAUCCACAUGUGCCAAUGACAAAUGUGUAUAAUGUGACUGAUUGUGACUUUUGAUACAUCUUUGUUUACAAAACUACAAUUAAAAGUGAAGCUUGUCUGUGUCCACUGUUUCAAAAUGGAAAGACGUGUUUAAAGUGAUAUUUUGUAAAAAAA